AAGCAGUCAGGACCUUGGUAGUACAGGUUUCUGGCCUAUUUCACCUUAUGUCAGUUACAGGUUUUCUCCCUUCCCCUUCCCCCCAUCUCUUGUAGAAAAACCCAUCUGCUCUGCAAAGAUAGUAAUAAGGAUGCAAGAGUGUGGAGCCUGAAGAAAAAACAAAACAAAGAAAAGAAGAGAAACAAAGAAAGGAAGACGAAAGAAAGAGGAAGAGAGAAAGUAAAAAAGCCCAGACCACCGUGAGCACCCACUCAAUCAGAAGCCUGAUUGGCUCCCCAGCACUACAGCCCCAAUCGAGAUCCCUCUGGCUUCAGGGUCUUUCAGUAUGAUCCAAGGCUACAAUCCUGUGUUCCAAGCCUUAUUGGGGACCUUCUUCACUUGGGGUCUGACAGCAGCUGGAGCUGCCCUAGUUUUCAUCUUCACUCGGGGACAGAGACGGAUCUUAGAUGGAAGCCUUGGAUUUGCUGCAGGGGUUAUGCUGGCUGCUUCCUAUUGGUCUCUUCUGGCCCCUGCGAUCGAGAUGGCAGAAUCCUCAGGAAACUUUGGUGCCUUUGCGUUCUUCCCUGUGGCAGUCGGCUUCACCCUUGGAGCCUCUUUUGUCUACCUGGCUGAUCUUCUGAUGCCUUACCUGGGUAUGACUGAGGAUUCCCAAAUGGCCCUAAUGCUAAGCUUGGACUACAAAUCAAUGAAGGAAGAUGCCAACACUGAGUUCCCCCUGCCUUUCCAUGAAAAUGAGCUUUCUAUCCGGAUAGGUAGAACUGGACUUCAUUCAGACAAGAAUGAGAAUGGAGAAGCUUAUCCCAGGAAAAAGGUGGCCCCUACCAGCAUGUCUGAUGGCUCUGCGUCCUCCCGGCCUCCUAGGGAGAACAGAGUGAAACAGGGCAGUAAUAGUUGGAGACGAAUUCUAUUGCUCAUUUUAGCCAUAACAGUCCAUAAUAUUCCAGAGGGUCUUGCUGUUGGAGUUGGAUUUGGGGCUGUUGGAAAGACUGCAUCCGCCACUUUUGAAAGUGCCAGGAAUCUAGCUGUUGGAAUUGGGAUCCAGAAUUUCCCUGAGGGCCUGGCUGUCAGCCUCCCACUUCGUGGUGCUGGAUUCUCAACCUGGAGAGCCUUCUGGUUCGGCCAAUUGAGCGGCAUGGUGGAGCCGGUGGCCGGGAUCUUUGGUGCUUUCUCUGUGGUUCUGGCGGAGCCCAUCCUUCCCUACGCUUUGGCCUUUGCAGCUGGUGCCAUGGUCUAUGUAGUCAUUGAUGACAUCAUUCCUGAAGCCCAGACCAGUGGUAACGGGAAACUGGCAUCCUGGACCUCCAUACUGGGAUUUGUGGUGAUGAUGUCACUGGAUGUUGGCUUAGGCUAAUGCCAAGGAAUCUUCAGCCUUAAACAAGACAGAACAAGGAAGAGGUGGCAGUUGACUUCAGUGGAACCAGGAACAUAAUUCUCCACGAGGGGAUUUUUAUUUUUACUUUUUUUAUUUGGGUUUUAAAUCUUGUUCUCCUUCCCUUCUCUGAUUCAUCUUAGCAUCCCACAUACCCAGUCAUUAAUCUGAUUGCCUCUUAAUUACAAUAUGAUUCUUGUUACUUUUAUUUGAGGGGAAUGUUGAUGUUGUUUGUUUGGAAUUGUAAGGGGGUUGGAAUUGUGGGGUUUUGUUCAGGUACUAAGCAGAUUGUUCCCUCUGGGUUUGGCAGUGAGUGACAUAUCAGAAAGGUUACCAUCGGUAGAUUGCUCUUGUAUAAGAUUUUUCUUUGCCUAAGGUUCUGCUUGUGUUUGUUGGACAUGAUCUCAUCCCCAAACCCCAGACUUGUAUCUCUAGCAUGGAUGAGACUCCCAAAGGUAAACCUCACAAAAGAGAUACUCUGUGAACCAAAAGGUGAGCUCCCUGAGUGUUCUCCCCAUACACACGCACUAAGGAUUCUAAAAGAGGAAGGCCAGGUAGACUUUUGUCUUUCUUCUGCAUCUUCACCGUGAUCCUGGGGCUUUGGAGAGCUUUUAGGUUGCCCUCCAAUGUUGAAUUCAACCAGGAGAAGAACUGGAAUGCCACUUAGAUAACUUGGCCUACUUCCUAAGGGCAAAACACACCCUUCCCCACCUCUCCUAACAGAGAUGGAAUUAGGGAAAGGGAUAAAGCUAAGGGGAAAGAAACUGGGCAUUCUGUUGUUGUUGUUGUUGUUGUUGUUUUAAAGCAAAAGGAGCUGUUGAAGUUAAAGAAAAUAGAUCAAACUGUGAUCAUUUGGGGUCAGCAGUGGAAAGGACAGUAGCAUGUUUGAUUCUCAAUUUCUGCAGUACUUGUUAUUCUAAUCAAAGAGAGUUGUGGUCUCAAUAGCCUUUUUUCCCAUACUGUUUUCAAAUUCCCUGAACCACUCUCACCUAACACCCAAUUUUUGAAGCUUACAUGGACUGAGGCCAAGGAGACAAUGAAGACCUGUAUAAGGCAAACUCCUUAUUUGAACAAUGUCAAGGGCCCAUUGGAGCCAGCCAUGGAAAAAUCUUUUGGAAUUUUGUCCUGUACUCCCUCCCCAUUUCCUGCCACGCACACAUAUUAGAUCAAUCCCAGUAAGUAAUUCUGAACCCUAACCCCAAAGCCACUACAUUGAAUAAGCCACCUUUGAUGAGUAUUGUUGCAGAAGAAAGAGUUGGGGGAGGGGGAAUUGAGGUUGUUUUGUUUUUAAAUUUCUAAAAACACAUGAGACAGACGUUGUUCUUGAAAUAUCUCUGACCUGCAGAAUGACUGGUUAUAACAAGUCAGAAACCAUUCUUGUCCCUCACAGAUAAAGGUUUUCAAAGAGUGAUGGGACUUGUCUAAUCCCCCCCAGUCAGAGGGUGGUAAGGGGAGAAAUGACCUGGUCUUCUCUCUGCAGGACUGGGGUUGUCUUUAGCCAAAGGAAUGGGUUCCACAGAUGACUCUAGAUAGGCUCAGCUGGGCAUCAGAUCACCAGUUGGGUGCUCAGGCAUCAUAUUGGCAGCUCCCACUUUCUAAGUUUACAUGUGUGAUGUUGACAGUUUCUGAAUGUUCUCUCCACACCCCCACCACAGGCCCCACUAACCCCCAAGCCCAAGAGACUGCCCUGCCUUGUGAAAACGCAAGACUCUGAGGCUGGUCCUCAACCUGGGCCCAUUUCUGCUCCCCCAGACAGAAGGCCUAUUGGAGAGGGGAAGGGGGUGUUGGUUGUUGAUUAAUUCAUUUGGUGGAUGGUGUUUCAUUUUCAUUUUUGUUGUUUUUUUAUUUUGUGUCUAAUUCUACAAAAUGCAAAAUGCUGUUUCCAAUGGACAUGACCUUGUAACUGUGAUUAAUUUCAAUAAAGGGGGUACUAAGAGUCGGAA